AUGAAGGAAGAUAGGCAGCUUGCCAGAUAUCUAUACGAGUGCGGUAAAGGACCGGAACCAUCAAAGAAAACGAUUUACAAGCAAAAGCCAACUGCAGCAGAAAUCAAUUUCGCCUACGACUAUGUCAACGACCCAUCCUUUACACUUUACCAUUACGGACACAUCCGUGUAUUCGACGGCACUAAAAACGACCAGCUCAUAGCCGAUAUCCACUUCACUAAUCUAGAAGGGAUGAAUUGA